CUUCCCAUCGACCACCGAAUCGACCCUUCAUCGGUCACUUCCACCACCUUGCCAAUUCACUGCAGUUCCCGUCAUUCAAUUUUGUCGAGCCUCACCACCAUUUCCACAUUGCCCGCUUCGUUUGAACUUUUCAUAUCAGUUACCUCUACUUUGACUCUUCCACUCCCGUCUUGUCUGGUCCAAAUCAGCGGCCUGCAGACCUGCCCCACCAUUCCGCGUCUCGGCUUGGACUCCAUCCGAGAGAACAAAGUGCAGUGGUGACGUUGUCGCGCGCGGCCAUCACUUGGCUCAUCUUGAUUCAUCACCUUGAUCACUCACCUCACCCUCCAAACUGGAGACACACUCAUCAUGUCGGACUUGAUACCGUGAUUUCAGCAACCCUCGUCAAUUUACAAACUCACCGUGCCAAAGAACAUCUCGAUUACCGUCCUAUACGCGAUCACUUCCACCAUAGUCCAAGCAAUACCUCAAACACAUUCCAUCAUCAUCAAAGUACGGUGCCGUUUUUCGGCCUCCUGGUCCAUCCACCUCCCCGUCCUGUUCACUUGGCACGCUUCGGUCCUCCUGUCAUGUAACAUCUCGUCAUUGCGACCGCCGGCUGGACUCGAUCGAGACCUGAGUCCUGCUCACAUGAACAGCCCCCAACAAGAUAUCGUGCAGUGAUACCUCGGUGAUUUCUGCAAGCUACUGUACUCCAUCAGGCCAAGAAUCCUCCUCCUCGUCUUCUUUAUCUCGGUCGACGAUUCCCAGCCACCAGCCCGGCCAGGAGUACAUCCGAAGGCCAAUCUAGCAGACCACAUCAGCCUAGCUGUAUCUUUUCUCUAACGCCUUCUUGAUUAGCCGCACCGCGGACUCACGGAUUCAUACCAGACGUCACCGCUCUCCGCUUUUCUGUCGGAAAACUACCCAGCGUCCCGCGAUUGGCAGCCGCGGCAAGAAUAACGAACGGGAGAGGAGACGUAUGCGAGCAAAAACACGCUCUUGAUUCGACAUUGACGCGGUUCUGGGCUCCUGGAAUUAUUUGUCUCGCUUCCUCUCUACAGCCCGCCCCGCUAUCAAAAGUUUGUAUUUGCAUGUUAACUGAGGUAAAUCAAGUGGACACCAGACAAACUCGGGCAAAUAACUCGAGGCCCGACUAGGCUAGCACGACUGGUCGGUCCGUCAUACUCGCUGAUCACGAAAACAUCAGACGCACGUCGCCGGAUUGAGCAAGAAAGCCCUUGCCUAUGGCGCCAUUGCCGCUCCAGUCAGGGGCCGGCCAGCGGCAGAUCUGGUCCUGGCCCACCGUUGAAGAAGAGAGGGAUGAGGAGCAACUCGAGGAAAGUACCAGUGUGCAAUUUGCCAGCCAGACAAGUCAAAUGACACUGCUCUCUUCGGGAAGCACUCCACUUCCUGUGAUGGAGAGGUCUGAAGGAUCUUCAAGGGAGUGGGAUGGCAUGGCAACAGGAGGGGUGAACAAUAUCCUUACUGAUAUCCGUCCCGAUACACGUGCUAUCGUGAGACUCAGUGAGCACCGAAAAGAGUCCGACACGAAUUUUGAGAAAACUGGACAUCACGUGCAACUGACGGAACUACCAAACGAAGUAUUGUACGAGAUUCUGAGCCAUCUAGACGUCUGCGAUUUGUUCUCGACAUCUAAAACCUCUCAUCACCUCCGCACCCUCUCCACCUCCCCAACCUUACACACCCUCCGCCUCCGCCGCGCCCGCCUCCUCCUUCCUCUAUCCCUCACCUCCCCUAGCCGCCCUUCCCUCGCUGACCUGAUCCGGCGCUCCAUCUUUCUUACCAACACCGCCCUGAUGUCCCGUAAGCUUGCCCGCAAGCUAGCCUCCAUCCACCUCGCCCGCCGUCUCGCCGCCCGUCCCUCGGCUGAGCAGCUGGUGGAGCGCUGUGUGUUGCCGGCUGAGUGCGUUCCUUGUGGGACCAGAAAGAAAGUAAUGGUUGCGCCGGCGCUGGUAGCCAAGAAGAGAGCGGUGGAGAGGGAGAGGGUGAAGGAUGGGUUGAGGGGGUGGAUUGGCGAGGUGUGGAUGGGCAGAGUGAAGGAGAGGGAGGGUAAGGUAAGAAAGGAGGAGGAGGAGACCGGGGUGGGGAGGGUUUGGAGAUUAAGAAGGUUCUGGGAGGGGGUUAGUCGGGGGAGGGUUUAGGGGUGUAUGAUUGAAAUGAGGAGGGGGAUGGUCUAUUUGGUCUCAGUAAGCGUAGGUUAAUAAUGGAGGAGUGUGUGAGUGAGUAUGGGCGAGGGCGUUGGAUAAAUUUGAGUCACGAUGUAGAUGAGGGAGGUCCUGCUGCUCGAUUUCGGUUUGGCGUCUUUUUUAUCUUUCACUUGUUCAUCUGCUGUUAGUCAGUUAGUUGUGAUUUACCAUAUGCUGGACAUAUCAAGGCGCAAGUUUCUGCUUGAGUAUGGGUAUCAUCUGUUCAAAUAGUCAAUACUUGGAACAACAAUCACAGCGAUUUCUU